CACAGCUCCUCAGAGUGUCUACACUAGACAAUCAAAGCGAGAACCUCCCUCAUUCACAUAACACCGGUAUUGCGCUUGGAGCACAACAGAGACAGAAAGGGAGAGAGAGGUGCUGUCACUCUCCUCUUUUCCCUCAGCCGAACGACUCAGUAAAGUUAUUCCUAAUCAUACUGUAGAUGUGACAAACUUAUAUCUGAAUAUUUAUUUCACCUCUGGACUGGAUCUCUUUCUUUGUCCACUUUUUUCGGUUGUACAGCGGCAUGGCUUCAUGAGGAGAAGGAUGUCUGGGUGAGGUGAUUUUACGCACGCCGCUGAAAUGGAUCACAGACUCUCCAGAGGCAGCUGGGUGCCAGUGACUGGACUGGUGAUAUGUCUGCUUCUGUGUGCGUGUGUAGUGGAUCUGGUUCUUGCACAAAUUCGGUACUCGAUUCCCGAAGAGCUGGAGCACGGAGCUUUUGUUGGAAACAUCGCAGAAGACCUGGGCUUGGAUGUAGCCAAGCUGUCAGCCCGUCGGUUUCGUAUAGUCUCCGGCGCAAACAAACAAUAUUUAGAGGUGAACUUGGAGAAUGGCAUUCUUUUCGUCAACGAAAAAAUGGACAGAGAGGAGCUGUGUGAACGAAGCCCGAGCUGUUUUUUACACUUACAAGUGGUUAUUGAAAAUCCAUUAGAACUUUACAGAGUGGAAGUGGAGAUUUUAGAUGUGAAUGACAACUCUCCUAGUUUCCCAUGGAGCGAGUUUAAUCUUGACAUCACAGAAUCGGCUGCGCCGGGCUCUUGUUUCCCUUUAGAGAGCGCACAGGACCAGGAUGUGGGCACCAACUCUCUGCGCUCCUACCAGCUAAGCGCAAACGAGCACUUCAUACUGAAUAUCCAGACGCGCAAUGAUGGCAGCAAGUUUGCGGAGCUCGUGCUGGACACGCCACUGGACCGAGAACAGCAGAAAAGGCAUGAAAUGGUUCUGACAGCCUUUGACGGCGGGUCGCCAGAACGCUCUGGUACAGCAUUAAUAACUAUUAUAGUGCUUGACGCAAACGAUAACGUGCCCGUGUUUGACCGCUCAGUUUACCGCGCGAGCCUGGUGGAGAACGCACCGAGGGGGACGCUGGUGCUGAAGCUAAACGCCACAGACCUGGAUGAGGGAUCCAAUGGAGAGGUGACCUACGCGUUCAGCGGGCACGCGCCACUGAAGGUGCGAGAACUAUUCAGCGUGGACCCGUAUACGGGUGAAAUCAGAGUGAAGGGCAUUGUGGACUAUGAGAAAGCCAGUGUAUAUGAGCUCUAUGUGCAGGCUAAAGACAGGGGGCCGUCAGCUGUGGCAGUACACAGUAAAGUACUGGUAGACAUCCUGGAUAUUAAUGACAACGCGCCCGAAGUCAUCCUCACAUCGGUGUCCACUCCUGUCCAAGAAGACGCGCCACCGGGCACGGUGAUAGCUGUCAUCAGUGUCAUGGACCGUGAUUCGGGAGAGAACGGAAACGUUGAUUGCCAAAUUCCGAGCAACGUUCCCUUUCAGCUCCACUCAUCAUUUAAAAACUAUUAUACUUUGGUGACAAGCGAGUUUCUGGACAGAGAAACUGUGUCCGAGUAUAACAUCACCCUCACAGCUCGCGACUUGGGCUCUCCUUCGCUCUCCACCAGGAAAACCAUCCUCGUUCAAGUGUCUGACAUUAACGACAACCCCCCGCGCUUCUCUCAACCUUCAUACACGGUUUAUGUGACUGAGAAUAAUGCCCCGGGCGCUUCCAUUUGCACAGUCACUGCAUUCGACCCCGAUUCUAACCAGAACGCAUAUCUGUCUUAUUCUAUUCUUGAGGGUCAGAUUCAGGGCAUGCCCGUGUCCACUUAUGUCUCCAUCAACUCUGACAACGGCAACAUCUACGCACUGCGCUCUUUUGAUUAUGAGCAACUUAGAAACUUUCAGAUUCUGGUCCAGGCGCAGGACGCUGGUUUCCCCCCACUCGCCAGUAAUGUCACAGUCCAUGUCUUUGUCUUGGACCAGAAUGAUAAUGCACCUGUUAUCGUAUCCCCGCUGCCCAAAAAUGGCACAGUGGCCACAGAGGUGGUUCCACGGUCAGUAGAUGCUGGGUAUCUUGUUACCAAAAUAACAGCAUUAGACGCAGACGGAGGACAAAACUCCCGGCUGUCAUAUCAAGUAUUGCAUGCAACAGACCCAGGACUUUUUAGUGUGGCUCUGUACACGGGCGAAAUCAGGACUAUUCGCCGGUUAGUGGAAAGAGACGCAACAAGGCAAAGACUGGUGAUAUUAGUGAAGGACAACGGGCAGCCGCCGCUCUCUGCCACCGUCUCCAUUGUGCUCACUGUGGUAGACAGCGUGCCUGAGUCGCUGUCAGAUUUCGGAGACCUCGCUCUCAGCCCACAGCCCCCCUCAAACCUCGCCAUCUAUUUGAUCGUGUCACUGAGCACAAUAUCUCUAAUAUUCCUCGUGGCUAUUAUCGUACUGGCUGGGGUGAAGUGUUACAAGGACAGGGAGACCCUCAGCGGGUACAACCUGCCUCCGUUCGCCUGCUGCUGUUGCGGUGGGUUUCAGCCUGAGCCGCCCCCGGAGGUGUUCAAAAAAUCCAACCUCAACCUGCAGAUUUCAUCCGCGGCCAAAGUGCCCACGAACUGUAUGGAGGUGAAUGGAAAUAGCAGUCUCUCACAGUCAUAUUGUUAUAAAGUGUGCCUGACCCCCGAAUCUGCAAAAAGUGACUUUAUGUUUCUGAAGCCGUGCAGCCCCAGCGGCACACCGAGAAACAACGAGGCGAAGAGCGGAGAAAACUCAUGGAACGCAAAGAGCAGGAGCGCAUCUGUGAACAACGGAGCAACUACUCCAAAUGAGCUGAAGCAGGCAAACACAGACUGGACUCUGACAAAAAAUCAAAACUCCUCCAUUAAAAGUUACAACUCUAUCAACAUGGAUGGCACCCUUAUGCGCAAAGCCAUGCAUGCAGACCCAGAAAACUAUGUCACCUCCAUGGCACCUGGACAGUACUGGACCUGGGGAACUCACAUGAGAGGCGUGAAAGAAUAUAAGAUGCCUCCUUCAACCAGCGGGGUCACCCCUCGCCCCUGGACUCCACGCUGCACACCUCCUCCCCAGCAGCAGCAGCCAUCAGUCCCCUCCCACCCUCACCCUCACCCACACCCACCACCCGACUACCACCACAACGUGUAUAUCCCCGGGACACCAUCGGGCUUCUGCACCCUGAGGCCCACUGCACAGCGAAGUGAGCUGGACGUCCACAAUUCAUUUUCUACGUUUGGCAAGAAGCGGCGUCUCCAGAUGUCCCCCCAGGGAGAGGCUGCUAUUAUAAAUAAUGACUUGUACAAUGACUGACUUUUAAAGGACUGUGUGAGUGGAGGAUGGAAAUAACGGAUAACCUCUUGAAUACAGACGAAGAGACCAUUUGCUUUAUAAAUCAAUGAACAUACAGUAUGAUUGACAAGUGGUGUGAAAGGGACAGAGGCCUCACAGAGUAAAAAAUUAUGACUGAAAUAAUGAACAAUGCAUUCUGGCUUAACUGCUGAAGAGAAAUGGAGUACGUCUAAGACACUGCAACAUGCCAUUGUAUCUGUCUAUCGUUUUUAUUAUAAUUAUUAUUGUUGGUGUUGUUAUUAUUAUUUAGACAAUCAAACUGGAGCCACAGUUACAUCCAAAAUCUUUUGAAAAGCAUUAGUGGGAAAUAUUUUUUGCACAUCCAUACGAAUUUAUAUUUCAGAAUUUUGUUGUUUGCUAAUAGAACUUGCGUAAAUAUGAAAAAAUAGUAUCAUAAUAUAAAUGCAAGCUGUAACUUGACGCAGACAACUGUAAAGACGGGGUGGAGUUUACCCACAUAUGUACUGUAUACAUUUAUGACAAUAAAGUAUUUUUUUCA